CAAAAUGUUUGAUGUUACAUCAGAGAUCAACGGAGCGGAAGAAGCACACAAACUACAAAUAGUUGCUGAGGCCGAAUGAGGUGUUGGACACAUCCUCGCCCACCAGCUGAAUGUCAGUCGGGAUGGAAGGAAAACAGUGGUGCUCCAACAUUGAACUUCAAAGCAAGGUCCCGAGUGAAGGUCUUCACACUUUAGAAUCAGAAUCAGCUUUAUUGACAAGAACAGGAGAGUUGGUGGAGAGGUUUCGAUGGGAAGACGAAAAUCUGGGGCAAGAGCCGGAGGAUCAGGAAGCUGUGACAGUUUCCCUCAGUGAUGAUGAGAAGGAAGCUGGAGCUUAUUAUCCCCGGCUGUAAAAAGAAGGAACAGGGUGAGCUGCAUGUGAGCGUGUGCUGGAACAGAAGCUUUGUGUCGAAAGAAACCUGCCCUUUGAACAUGAAAAGCAAUCCUUCAAACCUGGACAGGCUCGCUACCUGCAGAGCUCUACAGAGGCAACAAAGUGACAACUGGAAUAAAGGAUCGCUGUUGAAUGUUUCGUGAUCUGUGCACACGAUCAGAGCGGCUGCCGAGCCCGUCGCUACACUACUGGCAGGAACAGUCUCCCGAGGGAGGAGGUCACUGCUCUGAUGGUAGGAGCUCUGACUCACACAGGUGUAUGCCAAACAUCUUGAUGACAUGAAUCACUCCAUGAUGUGAGGGAAAACAUGCCUCUCAUGAAAGCAGUCAACACUGUGGAUGGUUCUUCAAUGCUGCCAGGAUGAAUCAAGCUGUUUUCAAACACGCACUAGAAAGAAAAUCAUGCGAGUCUUCCCACUCUUUUCAUCAGUGUGAAGCACAGAGUUCAGCAACUUGCGACCCUUGACCAUGAAGAAGACAAAAUGUUGACCUCCAUAAAUCUCCUCCUUUCAAAGCAAAGUACUAAUGCUAAUAAACAAAACUUGUGUACACAAGUACAUUUAAUUCAUUACUCAAAACGCCAUUUAACAGCUGAGUUGAAAAAGCAGCCAGUUUAACUCCUCUCAUUCAUAAUCUGAGUUGAACAUAUCUUACAUUUAAUGUGAAUAUUUAACACAAACUAUCUGCAUUUUAGAUAUCUAAAAUUGAAGAUAUAAAUCUUCAAACUUUGAGGUCAUAUUUAGUAUUCCAUUUUUGGAAAAUAAAUGUUGAGUUUCUCUUAAAUGUCUCUUAAUGUUUCCUUUUAUCAUCAGGUGGCCUCAAACUUCUCCUGGAUGCUAGUAACUGAUUGGACAACUAGUCAACCAUUGAACCUGCCAGACCUUGCCAGCCACUCAGACAACAUUCCAUGUACGAAGAACCUGUUUAUGUAACCCGUGGAGCUUGGAUUUUCACUAGUUGUGUUGACUGAGUUCACCGGCACUGGAUAGUUGGUGUUGGCUUGAAAACAUUUUGUGGUUGUGCGACUGGAAACCUGACCCAUGGAAGAGAGAGCGCAUGGUUUUUGCUUUAUAUCUAGAGACUAUUGAACAUCCCAGUGACCUGAGGCGUUGCCAACUCAUCUCUGCUGCUGAGGUACAGUAAGUGAUGUUAUUCCAUCUGACACACUUUAAUUCAGAUCAAACUAUUUUGACUGUAUGGAACAGUAAAUGAGCAAAAUGAAUGUUUGCAGUAUAUUCUUCGAUACAGUUUGAUGGUUUUCUGCCUCAGCUCUGUGUUCCAUGCCUUUGGUCACUAAGGAUUGCCAACAGUAAACAGCCACAAAAUGCAAAUCCACCGAGCACUGCUCAGCUUUGUGUAUGUGUGUGACUGAGGCGCAGAUGAAGAAGGUAGAAGGAAGGAGGAGCUCAGAGAGCAAUUGGCACCUAGAUGUGAGACCGGUGUGGUUCUGCGGAUGGUUUCUGUCCACAUGAGGAGCAGCUGGAGAGCUUUAAAGGUUUAUUCUUAACCUAGCACUGACUGGAACCUGAACAAAGACAAAAUGUCAAAUUGGAAGUUAUGUUGAAUGUGCAUUGCAGUUUAGUGACAGAUUGCUGACUCAGCCUUUUAAAGUUUCAGAUGGUUUUUGUCAGUGCCAAGGGUCACUCAAGGUACCCUGACCUUCAGUAGGACCUACUGGACUUGAUCAACCUCUUAACACCUCCACUAUUAUGGGAGCGGUCAGUUCAAAAACACAACAUAGGGAGCAGUAGUGUGACAGUGAGGGAGGCAACACUCAACCUUUACUCACGCAAGAACUAUAGUGGAACUACAUCAUAUCCCUUCAAUGUACCACGAAUUUCAUCAGAAUCAAUAUUUGCCAGUGAGCAUGACAUUCAUUCAUCCUUAGAGUGGCUGUUGUUGUGUUUUUUUUAGUGUGGGACUUUUGAGCAGAUCAAUUUGAGAUUGGAAUUGGGUGUCAGAAGGUUCCCAAAAACCACCCUCAGCAAUGUCCACUUUUUCUGCACAGAUCUUCACAGAUUUAACUGAUGAAAUAAAGUCAGUGCAUGUGUCACUUCAAGACAUUGUGUACCUUCAAAAUGACCCUUGAAACUUUAUUGUCCAGGUUCACAUUGUACACACACACUGUCAGUGUUUCUGACUCCGGCUUGGCAGAAUCUUCAACACAAGAUUAAUGGAAACUGAUGUGUAGCCAUGACUUAAUUCGAUAAUAUCAAACAUAUGAUAAUAAUAAUAACUUUAGUUAUAUACCUUUGGCAGGCAUAAACCUCAGUAGGAAAAGAUAAAAAAUUUAAUGGGGGGAAAAAAGAUGUAGUUCACUUGAUUCAUUCUAGAGAGGACAACUUCCAUAAAGAAGUUUCUUGACCUUCUGAAAGGGGAGGGGAGAUGUAUGGGAGGGGCCUCAGCAGCUAUAAAAGCUCUGCUGGAAACCUGUCUCCCACCUCUGCUACAACAGUUGCUGAUAAGGGAGUUUACGGGAAAGUCCUUCACAAGUGUCCACCAUGACGUCGCCAGCACGAUUUGCACCCAGGGUGAUGACAGACUUGGGUCUCAGAUGCGAAGCAAAGUAGUCCAGCAAGCGUGAAAAGGUUUUCUGGUCCCUCCUAAGAACACACCAUGGGAACCCUGACAAGCGUGAGACAGACCAACACGGCGCUGAGAAGAAGAGAGCGACUGUCUUUGCCCCUGUUGAAGGACAGCAGCGCUCGAUGGAACCAGCUGGAUCCAGCAGAGAGGAGUCCUUACCUCCCACUACCCCCGAAACAACAUCCUAGAAGAAGUGACAUUCCCUCUUCAAGACUGGAAGUGAUAUCGAUGACAGAGGCUGACAAGCUCAGUCACUCGGCUCCAGGCAUCUUUGAACCAGUGGAGAGAGCGAACACUGUGACUCAAGCCAGAGCACUGACUCGCAAACGUCUGGGUUUUGAUGAAGGUUCAAGCAAACAAAAGGGUUCGGGAACACCUAAGCUGUUGGAGCCAUUAGAGGGGAGAACACAAGGCAGCGUGGCCUUCCCUGUCCCGAGGCAUCGUCGGCUGUUGAAGCCCAUCAGCCCAAGGCCUCACUUUGUGCCGAAUACUACUCAGCAUUAUCGCCCCUUGCCAUCGAAAUAUGGAAGUGAAGAGAGUGGCUCCAGCAGCGGGAGUUCGAUUUACAUAGAGGACAAUGGAAACUGGAGGACUUCUGUAUCUACUCUGGACUUCAAACAACAUGUUGUACAAUGCAGAGCAGAUAUUUUGGACAAGGAGCCUUUCACAUCCAAGUGUAAGGAGGAUAAAGCCUUGAGAUUUUCCAUUAAACAGCAAGAGACAACCACUGACUUCUUUGAUGUCUCGCCCUCUGAUGUAAUCCAUGGUGGUGAAGAUGUCAAGUCAAUUUUUUGCUUUGCUUCAGAGGAAAACAUCUAUUACAAACAAGCUAUGAAUGAUGGAUUGAAUCAAGUGGAGACAAACAACCCUGCCGAGAACUUGGGAAUAUCAAGUCACCUAAGAGCCAAAACUGUGUCAAAUCCCAGCCAUUCUUCGUCACAGCAUUUAAAACGUCCGACUAUCAGGAACUCUGAAUCAUCAAACGUUCUGGUGAAAUCACCAGGAAAAGGCGUCAAUGCUGCCCCUUGUGAGUCAAACACCCCAUCGACUUUACAGCACGUAGCGUCCAAAACGGUGAGCAGGAAGUGCCCUGGUUGUCCAUCUGAAUUAGAGCUGAAGCGGCUCAUCGGCAGAACUGAUCCGGGCCAGUCCACUCCGAAGCAAAGACAAGCAAAAGGAAAAAGAAGCACAGUGGUGAGUGUGAUCGUUUCUUCCAAGAGCAAAAACAAACCUUCUCCUCCCAGAGUGAAACCUCCUCACACAUGUUCUACAAGAAAGCCAAAGUCCAACAGGAGGAAUGCUCCUCCACAGCUACAGGCCUCAGAAAGUGGCCAUAAAAUAGGUCACGGUCUGGAAAACAAUGUCACGUCAUCGCAAACUACGGCUUUAGAUGACAAGACAUUCAACGUGUCUCUCAAGGACACGGUGAAGAUACAGAGUAAGAAGCCAGUCCCAGAGGUCUUCAUACCUCAACCGGAGACUUCCCAGGGUAACCCAUCCACAUCUCACACGCAUCCAGUCCAUGAGAAGUUUGUGAACGAGGCGGGUGAAGGACCACUCACUGAUGACCUGUUGAGAUGCCUGGCAGAGGAGCUCAUUUCAAUGGACGAGACACAUUUGUCCUGGAGUCCCGGCAGCCUUUGUUUGAGAGACACCACGUCAAGUGAAAGGGAGUCCAUCAAGGAAUUCAUCACGUUUGAUUCAUUGGAACAGUCAACUGUAUCCACUGGAUGGUUUCCCAACACUCCUCCUCAUGAUGCCAUCACCUGGACAAGGGGUGAGGUCCUCGGUCGUGGAGCGUAUGGUACUGUGCACUGUGGUCUCACCAGUGAGGGUCAGCUGAUCGCCGUGAAGCAGGUUUGCUUGGAUACAUCUUCAAAAAUGGAAUGCAGUCGUCUACGUGAGGAAGUGGAGCUCCUCAAAACCCUGACCCAUGACAACAUAGUGGGCUUUCUGGGGACAUCUCUGAAAAAUGAUGUGGUGUCCAUCUUCAUGGAGUACAUCCCAGGAGGUUCCAUCGCCAGCGUCCUUCAGAGGUUUGGACCUUUGCCAGAGAAGAUCGUAGCGCUGUAUACCCAGCAGAUCCUGGAGGGAGUGGUCUUCCUGCACCUCAACAGGGUCAUCCACCGGGACAUAAAGGGAAAAAACCUCAUGUUGAUGCCCAGUGGAGUCAUUAAGCUCAUAGACUUCGGCUGCGCCCGUCGACUUAGCUGCCUGAACAACGGUGCAGGCGACAGCUGCGACCCUUUGAAGUCGGUCCAUGGAACACCAUACUGGAUGGCACCAGAGGUCAUCAACGAGACAGGAUACGGCAGGAAGUCAGACAUAUGGAGUGUGGGAUGUACAGUGUUUGAGAUGGCCACAGGGAAACCACCACUGGCACACAUGGACAAGGUCGCAGCCUUGUUCUAUAUUGGGGCUAAGAAAGGUUCAAUGCCCUCCUUGCCCGGCAGAUUCUCCACACACGCAAAGGACUUCGUCCAAGUCUGCUUGACCAGUGACCCGACAUUACGGCCGUCUGGAGAGCAACUGCUGCAUCACUCUUUCAUUUCCAAGAGCCAAAGUGACGUAAAAGGUCAGGAACAAGACAGGAGGCGCCGCAGCUGUCGUUCAGAUGGUCUCAUUGUCAGACACAGGAGCACAAAAUGACAUCCGUAGUCUGAAGACUCAUCGUUCUCAAACCGAAGGAUCCCCGAGCCAAGUCAACAAAAUAUUUGUGUGUAGUCUCAUCUGCCAAGGCACAGACAAGAGGCCAAAUCUAUUAUGAAUUUUCUCAUGAUGGUGCACAGUGUGGGUAAAACUACGUCUGGUACUGUGAACAACCUACAUUUCAGCCUGAGGCUAGUGAUGUGAAACACUGUCCUCGUUUCCACUAGAUGGUGCUAAGAAGUUGGGCUUCAAUUUUAAUGAAACCUCACAUUUUUAAACCAAGAGCGCCACCUACUGAGCUCUGAAAAUGAGGACACCGUGUCAUGAACGAGGUCUUCACCAUCUCCAGCUGCAGAAGUAGCUUUAGCAAUUACAUGUACUCAUUUAAACCAAAUAUACAGAUUUAAAUUAUAUACAGUAGCUGCUGUCAGACUUGCUCAGUACGCAGAGAAGCGCAGUAGAUCACAUCAUUGAAGUGAGUGUGCAACUUGCUUGGACUAAUUGGAAACAUCAAUACACAGUAUUUCAAUAUCUCUGAGUGGGACUCAUUCCUCAAAAGUAGUGGAGGUGACCUGAAAUUGAGGCAGGUCACCUCAAUUUCAGGUCACCUGAAAUUGAGGUGACUCAAUUACCACCUGAAAUUGAGGUGGUAGUGACUAAGCAACUACCAGUUGCUGGUAGUGACUAAGAAUGUAGUGGAAAGGGUGGAGUCUAUCCCAACUAUCUGGACCAGUUGAGUGUUGCACUGUAGAACAACAUUCAGUGUUUGCCGUUUAAUAUUGUGAAAUCAAUAUAAUAAAAACUUGCAGUCAAAUCAAAAAGGUU